AAAUCCUGAGAUCGUUGGAGAACAUUUAAUUAUCCUGGGAGAAUUUUCAAAUUGAACGAACAGUGCUCGGGAAUGAGAAGAUCGAAUGUAAGAAGGCAUUGGUGAACAAGGAAUAAGAGAACCACGGACGAACUCGAGGCUAAGGGAAGAAACGGGACCGCAAGAGAGCCCAGGAUGACGAUCAACGCGUCGUCCAUGGUAGUGGACUACCUGAUCUUCAUCGGUUGCAUCGUCGCCUCGUUCGUCAUCCCGUUAUGGAGCAAAUUCCGUGGUCGUCGAAAGGAGUCGACCAAGGCAGACUACGUGUUCGCUACUGGAAGUGUCUCCAUGGGUGCCAUGAUGCUGUCGAUCGCGCGUGGGACCCUCGGGGUUAGAUCCUUUCUCGGCUACCCAUCGGAACUCUACUACAGGGGUAGCGCAAUGUGGGAGACCAUCUACGGGAUGCUGCUCGCUUAUCCGAUCGUGUGUUUCGUCUUCGUGCCUGUUUACUACAACCUCGGCAUCACGUCUGUCUAUCAGUACUUGGAUAUGAGGUUCAAGUCGAAGCUAGUCAGAUGCCUAGCCAGCUUCUCGUACGUGAUACGCAGCCUGCUGAACUUGGCUGUUACGAUAUUCACGCCUUGCGUCGCUUUGAAAGCUGUGAUAGGCCUGCCGUAUUGGGCCAGCAUCAUCGGGAUCACCUCGAUUUCAGUCAUCUUCACCCUGAUGGGAGGUUUGAAGGCAGCGAUCCUAUCGGAUGUUAUACAGGGUAUCACGAUGAUCGGUGUCUCGUUGGUGAUUAUCAUUCGUGGAUCAAUUGAUAUCGGUCCAGCUCAAGUUUUCAACGUGACAUACGAACGUGGCCGAUUAGAUUUCUUCAAUAUGGAUUUGGAUCCCACGCUACGCGUCACGACGCUAUCAGCCACCCUGGGACAACUGUUUAUGAGUUUGUCCAUUUUCGGCUGCCAGCAGAACUUUGUGCAGAGAUACUGCAGUAUGACUAGUCAACGCAAAGUCGUCAAAACAAUGAUGGCGAACAUGCCGAUAAUCUGCGUCUUGUUCUCCCUCUCCUGGGUAGUGGGUAUGGUGAUCUUCGCCAACUACGCGGAUUGCGAUCCUCUGUCGCUCGGCUACAUCUCGAAAUUCGACGAGAUCGUGCCGUUCUACGUGGAGGACAAGUUCCUCAGCGUCCCGGGUCUGUUGGGUCUAGUGAUGGCGACUUUGUUCAACAGCGCGCUCACCUUGGCGGUCUCGAAUCUGAACUCCUUGGCCACGGUCACGUUCGAGGACUUUCUCAGCCAGAUACCGUCUCUGAGUGAUCUGAAAGAUAACCAGCAGUUACAGUUGAUCAAGUUGAUCAGCGUUAUCUACGGCGUGCUGAUAGUAGGCGUCAGUUUUCUGGUGGCGAUGUUGUCAGGAGUGAUCGAGUCCUCGAUGUUGAUGACGUCGGCCACUUCUGGUCCAUUGCUCGGCGUGUUCCUGUUGGCCAUGCUGGUACCGUGUGCCAACUGGAAGGGCGCGGCUGCCGGGAUGGUCUUCAGUCACGUGACCACGCUGUGGAUCACUUUCGGACACUUGACGAUCAACAACGACGUGGAAACUUUGCCCCUGUCCACGGAGAACUGUAAGAACGACACGUUCUCGCCGUGGGUCACUCAACCGGGUGACUUGAUGUCCAUCACUUCCAACGUCACGACGAAGCUUUGGCAAAAUACGUCAAUGGUCGACGGAAAGUCCGAGAUGGGACCCAUCGAGUAUCUUUAUAGUAUAACCUACAUGUACUACGCCCUGAUAGGUAGCCUGUCAACGGUGAUCGUUGGCAUCAUCGUCAGCCUGAUCACGGCUGACCCAAAGGGCGACAUGUACGAGGAACAUCUGCUUCAUCCUCUGGCGGUGAAGAUGUCAAGAUUCUUCCCUGGAAGACGAAGACUGUACGCGAGUAGCACGCGACUGCAGAACGAGCACAACGCGACCAACGCGACCUCAUCCUCGUCGGUGAUCUCGAUUGCGAAUGGCACGGAGAAGACCACCCCUCUUCAGGGGGUCGUGGACGACAACGGGAUGCUUCGUAUCAACGUCGAUUACAUCGAGAAGCUGAACGCCCUUAAGAACAUAUCGCUCGACGUGACCAGCGAGGUCAGCAAAGGGACCCGGCUGUGAACCCUUCGGAACAGUGAUUUCAAGUAUUCUAUCCCUUUUUCUUUUCAUUUUUAUAGUGUAGUAAAACAAAAAAAAAGUGAUUGGGCGUCGAUUGAACUAUGUUAUCGAUGAGAGUUUAUGGAGCCGGAGAACGCGUCGCUCUUGAUAGAAUUCUUAGGUAGUAUUAUGUCGAUACUUCGAUCCUAGCGCGUAGUACUUCCCGUCGAUUUAACGAGUACGAUGGAUCGAACCGAUCCGCGAUCCGGGAUAUUCGCGAUCGACUUACAAAUUCGUUUAGCUGUUACUUUGAUGUACGAUUAACCAGCGUCGCCAGUAUCGCCGGUAUUCCUUUCGAUUUUUACAGGGUAGACGCCAGUAUAUACAAAGACGAAUAAGCUUGAACGAGGCUUCGUUAAAGGUGAGUUUUCACGUGACAGGGAAUUUCACUGUCGUGACUCGUCCGCUGUUCAUUAGAUGCCGCUUUAUCGUGAUAUUGGAUUUCAUGUCGCGGUUUUAAUGCCACGGAAUCAAAUUGUUUUGAUCGCUGGCAUGCAACGUUCGCGGUUGAAGCUACUUUUUCGCAUCGCCGCAAGCAUGUUAGCCUAGAAGUAAAAAAAGAAAUAAAAACUUCGCGGAAAGUAACUUUUAGAUUUUUAAGGAAAAAUAUUUUCCAAAUCAGAAUUCAUGAUAAUGUCACGUGAAAAUUACGCUUUAAGCCCCGUUUAAUAAAUGACCCCUGUACACAUAUACCCUACCAUCGGAGCGAUUUACGUGAGCAUGUGUGUGUGUGCGUUUAAAGAAUGCAAUUGUGUGUUAAGUAGACUCGGGGAAAAAUGCGUUUACGCGUCUCGUUGGAGAAUGAAAUUCGCUCGAUUUUUUGUAAGGUUUUCGUCGAGGCACGCAACAGGGUAGCGUACAAACGGUGGCAUUUAUCGAUGCACUGAAGUGUGCAUCUCGCUGCACCGCAUCUACCCUGCUGACUCGAUUUGCAAUCUCGUUUCUUCCUUCCCCCUCUCCCCCCCUGUUUUCUUUCUUCGUACGAGACUGACGGCCCCCCAUCCCCUCACUUCGAUCGACGAACUUCGUACACGAAGCACUUAAGAAGUAAACGUAGUUUCAAAUUCGCGGAACUGUUUUAGUUUUCAUUUUAUUUUCUCUCUCGCUAACGCACCAGUCUUCAUUUGCGAGACCCUCGUACUCGCAAAUUUGCCAUACGGACACUUGUACGUUAUACGUACGCGCGCGUCUAAUACUCAUCGUUUAAACAAUCCUCGCCUGAGAUUACGGAAUUCUUUCUUUCUUCGAGAGUACAUUUCGACGGAAAGUUGAAGGCGUUCGUUAUAAAAGAUUAUAGAUAUAGAAAUAUGCUUGUAAUCACGUAAGAUAUAAUUUUACUGAAAUCGACGUUCUAUUGCAGAGUCAAUCUUUCGUUAUUUACCUUAGUUGAUAUGAUCUUUGACAUUUGUUAGAUGCCUAAAAAAUUCUCUAGAAUUCCGUAUCCAGGCCCGCCCCUGCGUUAGCGAGUAACGAAAGUAUUGAAUCGUGAUAAGAUUGCGAGGAAUCAAGUGGAUGUUAAUGUGUUCGUUGCGCAAGGUUUCGAUUCUUAAGGUCAGAGUUCUUCUCGCUCGAAGACGAGCGACUCGCGUGUGCAAAUAAAAGGAGAACACCGUCGACGAUGUUUGUACGACGGAGAUGCUCUUCUGUGUUUUUACGAUAUUGUUACGUUUUAUGUACGUCUCAUGGAUUGCGUGGUAUUUUUGUAACGAUUACGGAUUGCGAGGUGAACGAUAUGGAUUAACGAAUGAUCUGUACAUGAGAUAUUGUGAAUAAUUUAUUUUGUUCUUUUUGCAUACAUAAAUAUAGAACGUUUUGUAAGUGUUGCGUUA